AUGUUUGCAAAUAAACUGAGCACAUCUGCAUUUGGCGGGGGCCUCAAUUUUGGUCAAUCACAACUGCAACCACUGCAACAGCUGCAAGGACAACAACAACAACCAUCAUCACAACAACAAACGCAACCCCAAAUAUCUGUUGGAUCAACUACCCAAAGUACAAUUAAUCCACCACAAUCACUCAAUACAACCAAUAUCGAUAUUACCGCUUCUUUAGACAAUUCCGGCACUGACAAGAUUCUAAAAGACCUUUUAGAAUCAGCAAGCAACUUGCCAAAGUCACACAUCAAAUACAACAAUCUUGGGUCAAUCCGCUUGACUUUGGAUGAGCUUGAACGUAAAUCACAGCAGUUGAGAAAAGAAGCCGAAAACGAGGGUAAUCACACUAAAGCCCAUUAUCUUUUAGCCGGUGCGGGUGUUGCAACUGGUGAUAUCGAGGAUGAAUUGAAUAAGAUUCAGUUGCCCAAAUCUACAUCUUUUUAUCAACCAGUAAAUGCAGAAACUGUUGAAAGCCAUCUCAAAAAGAGAAAAGAAGAAAGUAUCUUAAAUACCAUUGAGCAAUCCUUUGCUGUAGCAUCGAAUGAUUUUGACAACUACAUCAAUGCUAACAUAUCCAUUGACUGGAAAGCAAGGAGGGAAGAAUUGAGAAAGGUUAUGGGUAUUAAGGAUAGUGCCAAGUUCAAAGAAGAAGCCUCAAAGCUCUCUGUGGUUUGGAAGUCCAGCUCAGCAGCUGCCAAUAUAUUCACCCCGUUAAAGAAUACAAAUUCCUCAUUGAAGCAAAUAUCGCGUGAAAAAUUUGAAAAUUAUGCCAAUGUGGUUUAUGCAUUGAAUGAGUCGCGGUUAGUUGAUGAACCAUUCUCGUUGUGCUUGAAUUUUUACGAAUUAAAUAAAGUGCAAGACGACUCAAAGUCAAAACAAGUGGCUGAAACUUGGAAAAUUUUGCAAAAUCUCACCCUGGAGAAAUUUGCAAAGACUAGUCAGGAAAAGAAAUUUGCCCAUUAUUCUGAGUCAGACUUGCAUAAUGAGAUACUGUUGACAAGUAAACGAUUCUUGGAGGGCCAAUUCUUGAAUUAUAUUGAACACAUCUAUGUGAAACAUGACAAACCGCAAAAUUUUCUUCCUGGUACCAACAUUAAUAAAGUUUCCUUCUUUAUACACCAAGUCAUACUCAAGAAUGAACCCGAGUUGGCCAACAAAACAUUGCUCGUGAAUGGAACGCCAAUUUGGGCAUUGAUAUACUACUUGAUGCGUUCUGGUCUCUACUCUGAUGCAAGUGACAUUGUCAACCAAAAUGGUGAAUUAUUUAACAAGUUUGAUAGAAACUUUCCUGUGUACAUAAAAGCGUUUGUGGAUCAAAAUAAGUUGCCAUCGAAUUUAAGUGAAAGAAUACAUCAAGAGUUUGGUCAACAAUUUCAAUACGUUUUGAAUGAUAUUGAUACUAGUGUCAACUUUGACCCCUACAAGUAUUCGGUUUACAAAAUCAUUGGUAAAUGUGACUUGAGUAAUCCAUCACUUCCUCAAGCCGUUAACCUAAGUGUUGAGGAUUGGUUGUGGUUUCAUUUGUCCAUAAUCAAUGAAAGCGAAUCGUCGAUUUAUGAAAAUUACUCCUUGGCCAAUCUUCAGGGUAAAGUACUUCUGUUGGGCGCAAAGUACUUUACGUCAUCAAACAACCCUUUGUAUUUAAAGACAUUAAUUUUAACUGGUUUGUAUGAACUAGCUGUACAAUAUUGUUAUGAUUUUGUUAAUGAAGCUGAUUCAGUCCACUUGGCUAUCGGCUUAGCUUAUUAUGGAGUACUCCACUGUUACAACUCCAACAAAAACGAAGUCAUUGCUGUGACAAACAAUAAAUAUGAGGUAAACUUUGGCAGAAUCACUGGUGCAUAUACAACUACAUUCAAAAUUAGUGACCCUAAAGUUGCCUGCGAGUAUUUAAUCAUGAUUGCCUUAGUUGAUGAGCAACUUUCACAUGACGCAUUAAGGGAGCUCUUGCUUGUGACUAGAGAGUUUGGAGCACUCAUCGGCGAACUCUACCCUGAAACUGGAUUCAUUGAACCAGGAGUUUUAGAAACUCAGCGCAAAUUAAUUGGCUUGGACGAUAUAAAUGCAUUCCAUCAUGAAAUAGUCAGAGCUACUGCUAUCAAAUGUGAAGAUGAGGGAAGAGUGUUUGAUGCACUUUUACUCUAUCAACUCGCGCGUGACUAUGAAGCAACUGUGGUGUUGAUGAAUAAUAAAUUGGCUGAUAUUAUCGCAACCAGUGAAUUGGACAAGCCAAUCUCGAGUGUGGGCACAAUUGAUGACAACUUGGUCUUACUAUCAGAACAUAUCUGGCGUAAUGUGACUAAAAACAGCUACAUAAGUAAGGUUUCACCCCAAACCAAGCAAACUUGCGAUUUGCUUAUUUCAGUGAUCAAAAUACGUGACUUGUUUGUGAAAAGACAAUGGCGUGAAGUCAUAGCUAGUGUCAACAAACUUGAUUUGAUUCCUGCUGAUGCGCAUGACGACUUACUUAAAGUUCGAAGCUACAGCGACUUGAUAACCAAUAACAAGUUGGAUGAAAACUUGAUCAAAGUGUUGCCAUCAUUACUUGUGUUGGUGAUGACUUGCAUUUCCAAUUUGAAUUAUGGUAUACUUGCGAGAAAGUAUCAGCCAUUAAGCAAUGAGCGGGAGGAAUUGAAUCAUUGGAAAAAGAUUGCCAGAAACUGUGUUGUUUAUGCCGGUAUGGUUCAAUACAAGAUGCCAAGAGAGGUGUAUAGCUUAUUGAUUUCCUUAGAAUCGCUGUUGUAG